AUGCCAGCUUCACCUGAACUUGUAACGGGCACCCCAGAGCCCGAGGUGCCCAGGAAGUUUACUUUGGAGGCUGCUGAUAUUGCUGUGGUUGUGAUCUACUUUGUGUUUGUGUUGGCAGUUGGAAUAUGGUCUUCAGUCAGAGCCAACCGGGGAACAGUGGGUGGAUACUUCUUGGCCGGACGAUCCAUGACAUGGUGGCCAAUUGGAGCCUCUUUGAUGUCGAGUAACGUAGGCAGCGGGCUGUUCAUUGGAUUAGCAGGAACAGGGGCUGCAGGGGGACUCGCAGUCGGGGGAUUUGAGUGGAAUGCAACAUGGCUCCUCAUUGCCUUGGGCUGGAUCUUUGUGCCUGUGUAUAUUUCUGCUGGAGUAGUCACAAUGCCAGAGUAUCUGAGGAAGAGGUUCGGGGGUCAGCGCAUCCGCAUCUACAUGAGUGUGCUGUCUCUCAUCCUCUACAUUUUCACCAAGAUAUCAACAGACAUUUUUUCAGGGGCUUUAUUCAUCGAAGUGUCUCUGGGGUGGGACCUGUACGUCUCCACCGUUGUGCUGUUAGCUGUCACUGCACUCUACACUAUAGCUGGUGGGCUGACAGCAGUAAUCUACACUGAUGCCUUACAGACCGUCAUCAUGUUAAUAGGAGCAUUUGUCCUCAUGUUCAUAGCAUUCGACAAAGUUGGCUGGUAUGAGGGUUUGCUGGUUCAGUAUGAGAGAGCUGUACCUGCUAUCACGGUUCCCAACACCACUUGUCAUCUUCCUCGGUCUGACGCCUUUCAUAUCUUCAGAGAUCCAGUGACAGGAGACCUUCCUUGGCCAGGCCUGAUUUUUGGACUCACUGUUCUGGCCACAUGGGUGUGGUGCACAGACCAGGUGAUAGUGCAAAGGUCUCUCUCUGCCAAAAACCUGUCUCAUGCCAAAGGUGGUUCGGUACUCGGUGGCUACCUCAAGGUCUUCCCUAUGUUCUUCAUAGUUAUGCCAGGAAUGAUCAGCAGAGCUCUCUACCCAAAUGAAGUAGGAUGUGUGGAUCCUGAGGAGUGUAUGAAGAUCUGUGGGGCCAGUGUGGGCUGCUCUAACAUUGCCUACCCAAAGUUAGUUAUGGAGCUCAUGCCAGUGGAUGAAGUAGGAUGUGUGGAUCCUGAGGAGUGUAUGAAGAUCUGUGGGGCCAGUGUGGGCUGCUCUAACAUUGCCUACCCAAAGUUAGUUAUGGAGCUCAUGCCAUCACCUUUAGCACUCAUGUCCUCUCUCACCUCUAUAUUCAACAGUAGCAGCACUCUGUUCACAAUGGACAUAUGGCAACGGAUCCGACCACGGGCCUCUGAGAGAGAGCUCAUGGUAGUGGGCAGGGUGUUCAUUUUAUUGCUAGUGGCCCUGAGCAUUGUGUGGAUUCCAGUCAUUCAAACAGCCAAUAGUGGACAACUGUUUGACUACAUUCAGGCCAUUACUAGCUACCUGGCACCUCCCAUCACCACAGUGUUCAUUAUGGCCAUCUUCUGGGGGCGAGUAAAUGAGCAGGGUGCUUUUUGGGGUCUGAUGGUGGGACUAGUGGUGGGCACUGUGAGGAUGGUAAUGGAAUUUGUGUACAGCACCCCAUCAUGUGGAGAAGAAGACCUUCGUCCUGCCCUGCUGAAAGAUGUGCACUACCUGUAUUUUGCUCUCAUCCUGCUUGCACUGACAGCUCUGAUCAUCACAGCUGUCAGCCUCUGCACUGCACCUAUUCCAGAGCAACAUCUCGUUCGUUUGACCUGGUGGACAAGACACAGUAAGGAGGAGCGUGUAGAGCUGGAAGACCCCUGGGCUAGAGAAUCUGAUCCCAGCACUACAGAGUCAGAGGGGUCAGAUGAGGAUACGCCUGCAUGGUGGAAGCGUGCUGGAAUGUGGCUGUGUGGUCUGUCCCAUGCGGCUAAACAAGAGAUGAGUGAGGAGGAACGGCAGGCUCUGGAAAGGAAACUCACCAGUAUUGAAGAAGACCACACCUGGAAGACUGUCUGCAAUGUUAAUGCCCUCAUUUUACUCACUGUCAGUGUUUUUCUCUGGGGGUACUUUGCGUGAAUGUACUAUAAAGUUCUGAAUGGCACUUUUUUUUGUAAGAAACUCACCAGUACUGAUGAAAAACACAUCUGGUUGUCUGCACUUACAUGCUCUCAUUUUAUUUACUGUAAAUGUCUUUUUUUCCCCGCUUAAUAAAUAACAAUUGUG